AUGAAAUAUCCACAGUAUAAAAAGAAAAUUCUAACUACAUUAGCAACUCUAACUGUUCUUAUACCCUUUAGUAUUUCUUAUUUUUACAAAACAGAACCAUGUUUUCUAAUAUCACCAGAAAGUUUCCGUUAUAUUCAUGUCGGCGAUGAAGAAGAAGUCUAUCACAGAUUAUUCAUUCCAUUCUAUACGAAUUUAGGCGGUUAUUUAUUUGGCAUAAUUUGUGGUGAAAUUUACGAGAAAUAUGCUCAUAAUGAUGAAUUUCACAAACAAUUAUCUCGUAUUCCCAGCGAGAUAUUUGAAUUUGCAUUUUGGUCUUGUUUAGCUAUAGGUGUAUGGAUAUGUUGGCUGGGAACGGUGUUUAUAUUUUAUGAACCAUCUAUAUGGACGGCUCUGUAUGCGGGUUUGAAUCGUAAUUUGUUUGUGGUAAUUGUCUUUGGCGGAUUAGUAUUUUUGGGCAUGUUUUGUAAAUCAUUAUCAGUUUCGGAACUUCUUUGCCAUUCAGCAUUUCGUUUACUGGCCAGAUUAUCAUUCCAAUUAUAUUUAUGGCAUUUUUCCAUUUUAUAUUUACUAAAUGGUCAUACACGUGAUCCGAUAUAUGUCAAUCACUUGCAACAUUCGUCUACUGCGAUUGUCCUAUUUUUAUUUUCCCUUUGUGUGGCUUUCCUCGUUACAAUACUUUUGGAAUAUCCCAUACAAAAAGUAGCUUAUUAUUACUACAAAAAAGGAAAAACUAUCCAAGUUCGGACAUCUGAAAUCCCGAAUAAAGUAAAAUCUCACUAAAUUUAUAAUGCAAAAAAAUUUUUUAAAUUGCGUUUAAGAAAAAUAUAAUAAAUAUUAUUUUAGAACAA